AGUGUAUUCGAGAGAACAGCCCUGGUGCUUGUCUGGUUUGGUUUGGCUUUGUGAUGGGUUGGAGACAUGCGCCAUUGUGGGGUCGUUCCAGUUACUCGUUCUGGGUUCACCAGGCCGUAAUAAUUUUUGCCAGGUGUAAGUCACGUGUCUGAUUCCCCAGAGGCAAUUGAAAUGUAUUUACUUUAUAUAUAAACGUCCAUUGCUUACUGUGUUAAAAGUGCAGUGGGAAUUUAAAAAUCUUUAUUUGCCUUAGCUUUUGUAUUUGAAGCUGUAGGUUCCAUUGGGUCAAACCUUUCCAUUGUUUACUCAACAAUAAAAUUGGAUUUCUGUAUUAACACGGGCAGGGAAGCGGAUGCCACUUACUAUACAUGACCUCACUGGACACGCAUUAAUAGCCCUGUGAGGUAGGUGCUGUUGGCCACACUUUACUGGUGAGGAAACAGAGAGGCGGCUUGUCCAAGAACGUACUGCUGAUGAAAUUGUGAUAUGUCCUUAUGAUUCGAAUCAUCAUAUGCCCAGGUCAUCGUUAGCAAAGCACAUGGAAUCUUGCAGAUUGAGAAAACUGGGCUAUACCAAGGAAGAAGAGGAAGAAAUGUAUAAUCCUGAGUUUUUCUAUGAGAAUGUGAAGGUACCUUCAGUUACUUUGAAUAAGGACUCACAAUUCCACAUAAUUAAACAAGCUAGAACUGCAAUUGGAAAAGAUGGUGAUUAUAACCAAAGGAUUUACUCUUCGUCGCCUGUUGAAGUUCCUCUGAAUCACAAACGGUCUGUUUGUGAUCUGACCCAAGCCGACCGCCUUGCCCUCUACGAUUUUGUAGUUGAGGAGACAAAGAAGAAGCGCUCCGAUUCUCAGAUCCUUGAGAAUGACAGUGAUCUCUUUGUAGACUUGGCUGCCAAAGUCAAUCAAGAUAAUAGUCGAAAAAGUCCAAAAUCUUACCUUGAAAUCCUGGCAGAAGUGAGAGAUUAUAAGAGAAGACGCCAGUCCUACAGAGCUAAGAAUGUUCACAUAACCAAGAAAUCGUAUACUGAGGUGAUUCGGGAUGUGAUAAAUGUGCACAUGGAAGAACUCAGUAAUCACUGGCAAGAAGAGCAGGAAAAAGCGGAGGAUGGGGCUGAAAAGAAGGAGGAGAGGCGAUCGGCUUCGGUAGAUUCACGACAGUCUGGUGGAAGCUAUUUCGACGCCGAGUGUUCUCGGCAUAGACGGGGUCGGAGUAGGAGCCCACAUAAGAGAAAAAGAAAUAAAGACAAAGACAAAAACAGUGAGUCAAGAAGAAGGAAAGAGAGGGAUGGGGAAAGACAUCAUAGUCAUAAAAGAAGAAAGCAGAAAAUAUGAAUGCAGUAUUCGUGCAUGUUUUAAUUAUGCUGUGUCAUGAUAACCAGUAUGCUGAUAUUUAAUUGGAACUGCUUUGCAUUGGAGAAUGUGUUUAUAUGAUUGGUUUGGUGCUCAUUAUUUUUCAAUAAAUAUGCUUCAGAUUGUGAGUACA